AUCUGCUCUGUCCUGCCACGCGUCCUGGAAGGGUUUAAGGAAGAGAACAGGAGGGAGUCCAUAAGCCCUACCAAGCUCUAAUAGCGGAGGAUCGUCGAACCUGAUUUCAGAGAAGCAACAAUGAGGGCGGCGAUUUCUGCCUCCUCUUCUUCUUCAUGCUCUUCUCCUUAUUGCGGCUUCCUCUCUGCUGCCACCGUACGUUGGGCUAUUCUCUUCCAUACGGGUGGCGGCGCCACCGGCCCUGAGGAGCGGGCAGGAAGGAGGGAACGGUGGGAUAGUGAAUGCAGCAGAGGAGAUGAAGGGCGAGACGUGAAGGUGUCAGUAUGGUGGGAUUUCGAGAACUGCUCCGUGCCCGCCGGGGUGAGCGUCCGUAGGGUAGCCCAGCGCAUCACCUCCGCCCUCAGGGCUUCCGGCAUCCGCGGUCCCGUAACCAUCACAGCCUUCGGCGACACUGCCCAACUUUCUCGCUCCGCUCAGGAGGCGCUUAACGCUACCGGCGUCGGUCUCACCCACGUCCCACGCCGUGGAAAGAACAGCGCUGACAAAUAUCUUCUGGUUGAUCUUAUUUACUGGGUCGCACAAAAUCCACCACCAGCGCAUCUUUUCUUAAUAUCUGGCGAUGGUGAUUUCUCAAACAUUCUGCAUCGGUUAAGGAUGAGUAACUACAAUAUAUUGUUAGCGAGCACAGAAACCUCUUCACCAACGCUGUAUAGUGCUGCAAGCAUUAUGUGGCAUUGGAAUGCACUUGUUAGGGGGCAUACCCUUGUGGGCAAGCAUUUUAACCAUCCUCCAGAUGGGGCGUCCUCUUCCUGGUAUGGCCAUUUGAAGGGACCUCUGGAGGACCCUUUUGUUGUUGUGGAGCAGCCUCCUAGUAGUCCUUUGCCACCUGAGAUGUCUCAAGAGCCUGCUGUGGAACUGAAGCCUCGUCCUGUCCCUAAAUCAGUGGUUGCUAGGAUUUGUAAUAUAGUGAAUUCAUGUCCAGAUGGCAUGAACAUUCAGGCGCUCCGUUCAGAACUAAUAACAAAAGAUGUGGUAAAACAUAAAGAUUAUUUUGGGCAUAAAAAAUUCACUCAAUUUCUUUUGUCAUUACCAAAUCUGGGUAUCAGGCGUGGCAUAGGAGAUCUAGUUGUUUAUGGGCUUCAUCCUACACCUGCUGAACUUGGCAAGUCAAAUUCAAAGUCUUCGUCAGAGGCGAGAAGUGACAGAAAUGGAGAUGAAACAAAACCUGUUGCCCAGGAAGAACCUAAAGUUGUUUCUCCAUCAUCAGUUUCAGUUGCUAAAGGGAUGGAGCUGGCGCAAAAUACCUGUGCAACAUCAGUUGUAGAAAGCGAGAAGCCAACAGAAACUAAGGCUAGCAACUUUUCCUCGUCUAUUUGUGUACAGGAUUCAGGAGAGAGUUUUCUUCAUAGAGUGGGAAAGAUUUUCUUUGGAAGGAAAAGUAAUGUGUCUGGUGAAGAAACAGACACACAUAUAAAUGAUUCUUCUGGGAGGAAUUCAGAGAAGCAACAAAGUUGUCAACGUUCUGAUUCUGUUGGUUCAAGUUCUAGCUUCCUGGUGGGGAAAGGCGUUGAGUCAAGUAUUGAUAGCUCCAAUCUGGUGUCGAGAUUCCGAAGGCUCAUAUUUGGUGUUCAAAGGUUCUGGGUUCCUGGUGAAGAAAAGCAGAAGUACACUUCUGCAAUCAACGACAUAACCAUGGAAAACCAAUGUGCAGUGAAAAAUGUAGGUGUUGCUGAUAUUUGCCAGACAGACCAUCCAUCUUUAAGUCAUGAUGUCUUUCACAACCCCAACUUCUGGGAUGAUAUUAAAUUAUUUAUUUGCAGUCAAAAAGGUGUUUCUCUUGUCUGUGAAGCAAAAUCAAGGGCUAAUAUGGCAAAAAUGCUGCAGAAGGAAGGUCCUUUGAUUCUUAGCACUCUUAAAGAAAGUAGUUUGGAAAUCCUGUUAGAUAUCUUAAUUUCAGACAAAAAAUGGAUAGUUGAAACUUCCACUUGUACCUUCCCGUUCAAAGUUGCAGUUCCUAUGGAGAAUAGCUCAAGUUCUUCCACUAAUCAAGGUUCAAAAGGAUUGAGCUCACUAUUUUCUAGUUGUAUGCUCUCAUAUAAAGCAAGCAGCUCAGAAACACAUGAAAUGCGCAAAGUCAUGAACAAUGGAAGCUAUUCAGUGCUGCAACCAAACAAUCUUCUAGAGUUGAGAGCUUGGCUGAAAGACAUUCAUGAGAAUCAUGGAAGAGUUGGGGUAGCUGACCUCAGAAAACAUUUUGAGAGUCAAUUUCAAAAUAAACUUAUACCUAGCUUUUAUGGUUUCGCUACAGAAGAAAAUCUUCUGGAAGCCUGUUAUGCUUAUAUGUCCAAUAAAACCAGGAAAGUAGUAGCCAGGGAAAAGAUGAUAACUGAUUGUCAAGAUUUGCUGGAUGAGUUGCUGAAGCAUCAUCCGGCAGGGUUCAAUCUAGGCCUAUUAAAAGAUUCAUUCUUGGAAAAGUAUGGGUAUGUCCUAGAUCAUCAAAUAAUGGGCUAUCCUAAGCUAUCUUCCAUGUUGCAGGUAAUGCAGGGAGUCAAAGUAGAUGGUAGUUUUGUUUUUCCCAAGAGAGAAGCUAAGGUGACAAGCAAUUGUGGACAGGAACCAAUUGGAUUGUCUUCAAAUGAUCCAUAUGAAGCAAUAAAUCUAAAUAGUGAAGACAUUGAUUCUGGAGAGUCGGAUGAUGACACUGGCGCAGUAUUCGGGCGACAGUGUGCUUUUGAGGAACUUGGUCCUGUUACUGAAAUGGGCGCUCAUGCUGAGCGUAUGCAAUCUAGGCCAUGUGAGAAAACUGGUGUAGAGCUGGAGAAGCUUGAUCUCCUGGAUGAGAGUUCCUCUCAUUCAGAGGAGUUAACAGACUCAGAACAGGAACUCUCAGUUGAAAAUGAUUCAAAAGAAUCAGAAGAAUGCACAAACUCUGGCGGAGGAGACUCCUUAAUGCAGAUCUUGGAUAAAUGGUAUGGUGUUCAGGAGCAAGGUAAAAAGAAUCAGUCACACGGUCUUGAUGGAUUGGUUGAUUGUUCUCGUUUUAGUUGCCCAACUACAGUCUCUCGGAAUCAUUGUGGAAAUGUGAAUCGAAGGCAAAGGUUGAAGCGUUCUAAAAGCCACUCUUUUGUUUUAGAUCCUAUUGAUGACAAAAAGGAAAAGCUGAUAGAUGGCAUAUUGGGAACAUUAAAGAAACCAUCAACCUCAAACUUGAAAAACUGAACAACACAUCUUGGUUAAAUUUUCAUGACCAUAAUGCUCCGAGGAACCUAAAUGUUUCAAGAGAUGCUUUAUCUUGUGAAACACCCACCUUGGCCCUUCACUCAAGUUGGAACAGUAGUUAAUGAUUUACUUCUCCUUUGUGACUUCCCAUGUAACACACAUAGCAGAUGGCAAAAGGGAAAGGAAUUUGAAAAAACCCAGGUUGAUCUCAUCAAUCUAGCAGUGAGUGCUGAUGUUUGAUGGAUGGUGAAAUAUGAUCUCAUAUAAGCUGCUAAGAAAACGGCAGAUGUUCCGUAUAUUGGAGAUUAAAAACUAGAAAGGAAUAUUUUCAACAAUUGGACAUACAAACAUCACAUAUAAAGUGAGAAACUUGUUAGUGAUUGAAGAACUUCUUCCUUGUUAUAUUCCUGCUAAUUUUUAUUGUGAUUAAUUGUUAUUGUUAUCCAAGGGCAGGAAGAUUCAGCACAUGGUCUGGAGUCUUACUGGCCAUGGUUUUACAUUGAUGCCAAUACUGUAUAUGCUUACUUCACACAUCAAAUUUUAUUUUGUGUA